GUUUAAGUCAUACAUUGAUAAAAAUGGAGGAUCAAGAAAUGCAAUUAAAAGUAAAAAGAGUGACUGAUAAAUUCACAGAGAGUAUGUAUGUGUUGGCCAAUGAACCGUCUAUAGCGCUUUAUAGGUUACAGGAGCACGUCAGGAGAUCUCUACCAGAGCUCGUGCAACACAAGACAGACAUGCAGAGCUGGGAGGAGCAGAGUCAGGGAGCAAUCUACACUGUUGAAUAUGCAUGCAGUGCGGUUAAAAGCAUGACAAACAGUAGCCUCUAUUUCAAGAACAUAGAUGGUCUUCUGCGCCAAGCCAUUUCACUGAAGGAACAGAUGAGCAGCUCGCAGGGACGGAGUGCUGUGAAACCUGAAAUUAAUCCAAACGAUACACCCACACACACUUCAGUCACACCACCUUGACUCAUGGAAAUCUUUCUCCAAGGAAAAAAACUUUGGAUUCUGGCAUGCUUAAGGAUGGAGAAAAGCACAGCUCUGGGAUAUAAACUUGAUCACUGAUGAAGAACUGGAUGAAACCAUAUGUCAUAUUCAGUUGGUGCCACCACGUCAUAUUGAUGAUGAUUGCUACUCUAAAGUAUGAAAGGCCAUUUAUACCUCAGUUAAAAAAUAAAAAAGUUAAUUCUGAGUUUAAAUAUGAAACAAAGUCACAUUGUGAGAUGUAAAGUCACAGUUGGGAAAUAUAAAGCUGCAACUGCAAGAAA